GCAACGGCACCGAUUCCAUUGUGCUUGGUAUGUAAACGAAACACCCUUCACAAAACAAGAGUGCAGACUAUUUCGUUGGCCUGCGUAAGCAAACAGAGAACCAAGCAACAUUUAUGAGGGAAAAAGGUAAACGAGAGAACCUUAAAGCUAGCUACCACGUAGCUGAACUUGUAGCUAAAUCAAAAAAGUCACAAAGUGGCAGAGACGCUAAUAUUACCUGCCUGCAAAGCCAUUGUAAAUGAGAUGCUUGGACCUUAAGCGGUUAAAGAAAUAGCCAAAGUCCCACUCUCAAAUAACACAAUUUCCAGACAUUGAUGACAUGUCUGCUGACAUCGAAAGUGUGGUUUUGGAAAAGAUCCGUAUCCGUGAGAAAUUUGCGUUGCAACUUGACGAGGCUGAUAUUAGUGGACAUGCGCAACUCCUGGCCAAUGUUCCAAACAGUAUGCACAGGGGCUCAUGUUGCCCAGCCAAGAUUCUGUUCACAAGAUUUCAACUGGCUGCAGUUGAUACCAGAAGUUUCAACCAAUUUGUCCGGAGUGUCAGAUAUGACGCUUUUUGGCUAUUCUAUUUACUGGUCUGCAAUGACAUUGAGUGCUGUUGGGUUUGGUGACAUUUUUGCCGUUAGAAGUGAGGAGACGUAUUAUGCCGUUAUCACAAUGAUUCUUGGGCUCUUUGCAUUCAGUGGAGUCAUUAUGACAGGAAUGAGUUCUACUAUAAGCAACUUGGAUUCUGAGCGUGGAAAAUUCUACAGUCGAAUGGAUGCAAUUCGUAUCCACAUGACACAUAUGGGAUUGCCUCAGGAAGUUCAAACGUGGACAUACAAGUACUACUAUUAUUUGUGGUUAUACCGGAAGGGCAAUGCUGCAGUUGGAUUAUGGGCCAGAGACCUACCGUAUACUUUACAUUCAGCAGUUUCUACUGAAACCCACAUACCAAUGUUUAAAAAGGCUACCAUAUUUGAUGACUUAAAUGACGGCUUGAUGAGAGCAGUGAGUGCGAAAGUAAGCACAUCCACAUACAGCCCUGGUCAAAUUUUGGUACAAAUGGGACAAGUCAAUCAGAAUGCAUUCUACGUUGAAAAUGGACUAGUGGAGGUAUUUGGGGAAAAUGAAGACAAAAUUGCUUCAUUACUGCCAGGAUCACUAAUUGGAGAAGUCAAUCUUGUUUUCAAGAUGCCAAGAAAUGCUACAAUUGCUGCCGCAACUUUAAGUGAAAUCUCUGUUUUGGAACAUAAGGAUCUUGUCUCACUGCUGGCUGAUUAUCCAGGAGCGGGUCUGCAGGUUGCAGAAGCAGCAAGAUCACGGCUCCAAAAUGUUAAAUAUCCCCUGUGGGAAGCUUUUCAUUUAGCACUGGCUAAAAACCCAAGAAAUGUUGCUAUUCACCAGAAUACUUCUGUAGACAUGAAGCCAAAGGACCAAAGAAUAUUAAAUCUAUUCAUGGAGUUCAUGUAUCAUCAACUGAAGAGCAGACCUAUAUCAUUACAUUCAUCUGAUGAUUCAAAGGUUCUAGGUGUACCAACAUUCCGUCCAGAUACGAGAUUUGUCAAAACAUGGGAGAUGGUCAUAAUUUGGUGCAUGACCGUAUCAGUAUUUUUGGAAAUUUGGGUGAUCACAUUUGCAUAUAACUUGGACACAGCAGGGUUCUACUACAAGGGUUGGGAACUAUUUUUUCUUGUUGUCUGCGUGCUAAUUGAUGUUGUUGCAAUAAUUGACAUAUUUAUCACUCUUCGCAUAGAAAUAAUGACAAAAGAUGGUUAUUUGUCUGAUUUUAAAAGUAUAUUCAACGCCUAUUGGAGAUCAAGAAAUUUACACUUUGACAUCUUGGCUAUAUUCCCUUCUGACUUCUUUGCCUUUCUUUACACGGGAGAAUAUCUAUGGAGACACUUGCCUAUUUUCAGAGUAAAUCGCCUCAUCUGGAUUCGUAAGAUUUACUUACAUUUCAAAAGAAGAGAGAAGGACCUUGAAAAUAACCUAUUUGUGCAAAGAACUGCAAAGUGUAUUUUUUUCCUGAUUUUGUCGCUACAUGUUUGCGCUGGGUGUUUGUACGUCACAGGAUGCAGAGAAAGACGCUGUGACUUUUCGACAUGGGCAAGCGAUGCAGGUUUAACAAGACCCCAAAAGAAUUUUUAUCAUUACAUGCUUUCUAUGUAUUGGACUGUUUGCACAAUGACAAAGAUUGGAUAUGGUGAUAUUCUUCCAAGCACAAUGGCAGAUAAGAUGGUAGUCACUGCUGUUGCCUUAUUUGGAUUGUUUGUCUUCAACUAUAUAAUCAGUGAAAUUUAUGCUACAACAGCCAACAAAAAUAUGUCUAGGGUGUUAUAUCAGAAUUUCCUUACAUCAGCCAACCUUUUCAUGAGACGACACAAUAUUAGUUUAUCUCUCAGAAAAAGAGUCACCGAUUACCUCAGUCUUCUGUGGUCAAGAUAUCAAGGUGAAGCAUACCCAGGAGGACCCUUUCUACUGCAUGACUUACCUAAAGAACUCCAAAAUAUUGUUCUCGUGAAGGAGAGGGGGAGAUUUUUGUCCAAGGUUCCUUUUUUUGAGCAAGCUGGGUCAGAAUUUAUUCAGGACAUUGCAUCUGUAGCAGUGAUGUACUACUUUCCACGAGGAGAAAUAAUCCAGUACAGUGAGACAUUAACAAGAGAGCUCUUUUGCAUUGUCCGAGGGACAUGUCAGAUUUUAACAGAUAAUUUGUCAAAUAUUGUGGCUCUAUAUGGAGAAGGAAUGUACUUUGGAGAGGUUGGAUUUUUGUUUGGAAAACCAGCUUUGAUGACAGUACGUGCAAAGACACACUGUGAGAUAUUAUCCAUUCAUUUUGACCACAUGAUGGAAGUCAUUGAAAAGUACCCGAACAUGAAAAGGCAGAUGGAAUAUUUACAGACAAAAUCUGACUAUCACAAAGAUGUUACGGAUACAGUUGAAGUUAUGAUGAUUUCAAAACAAACAGCACAAGAGGGAGAGGAUUUUUCGAAAAAUAAGAAGGACACCGUUUUUGCAUAUGAAGGGCGUAGAUAUGCCAAAAAAUCCAAGUGUUACAUUGAAGAUUUUGGAAAUUUCCCCAUUUAUGCCGGUGCAGAAGAAGAAACAGUGGAAGAACGACUCUUGAAGCUCAGCAAGACAAGGAUGGUACCAAAGGAGCCAGGGAAUUAUUUAGAGCACUUGGAACAGUUUUUCUGUACAACUUGCCCCUCUACACUUCUAAUGAGGAAUGCCAUUUUGCCCAGCAAUCCAACAUACAUCCGCUGGGAAAUUUUCCGUGUAUUAAUGGCAAUUGCCAUUAGUAUUCUUACUGCACUACUUAUUUCGUUUUUGCAUCAAUCCGGAUCCAUCUGGAUCGUGUUGUAUAUUCUUGGACUAUUUUGUUGGGUUGACAUUUAUAUCCGCAUGCAUGUGGCAUUCUAUAAAGAAAACCAGCUCCAAGUCGACACUUUGGAAACAGCAAAGCAUUAUUUGAAAAAUGGCUUUUUAUUGGACUUCAUCAGCUGUUUUCCUUGGGAGAUUGUUGCCUUAUCAUUUGUAAACAUAAAUUUAGGAAAUUUGUCGAGCAGCCUAGAGGCGGUUCAUUUGCUUGCAUACUUCAGAGCGCCACAUAUUUUACAGCUGUACCGAGUUCCUUUGGCAUUUUCUUUUUAUCAGUCUGGCAUUGCAACUGAAAAAACAGCUGUGACAUUUUUCCAACUUUUCCUUUAUACCGCGCUGUGUCUUCACUUUUUCACGUGUUUUGUGUUUGCAAUCGUGUGCCCCCUUGGAGAUAUGAAUGGUGAUCCCUCAAUAUAUACUUUGCCUGGAACAAAACACAAUUGUUCUGCUUCAACAUGGGUGCUACAUUUGGAUUCAACGUUUAUUGUUGAGUUAGAAACUCUAAGCUUUACCGAACUGUAUGGCAUUUCUUUGUAUUUUGCCAUCACAACCCUUUGUGGAGUCGGAUAUGGGGAUAUUCAUCCUACUUCGGCUGCGGUGAGGAUUGCCAUGAUCUUCACUAUACUCGCGGGAACCGUAUAUUCUGGCCUUCUGUCAGGUACUGUUGCUUCAAUACUUACUAACGCAGAUGUAAUCAGAGCUGCUUUCACUGACCGAAAAGACAGUCUUGGAUUAUUUCUCAAGAGUCAGAAAAUAACAGGGCCUAUAUAUGAAAGCAUCAUGAAAUUCUAUGCAUUCAAAUGGAUAAAGACAAAAGGAAUAAACCAUGAUCUUCUCUUUGAAUAUCUUCCAUCAUCACUAUUGGGGGAUUUAUCAACGGUUUUUUAUGCUGGUGUUAUUGCAAAGGCGUUUGGCAUUAAAAUUAAGCGGAAACAAAGGCAAGAUAUGCUAACAGAAAAUUUGAAGACUUUGACUCCAUUGGAAAGGAAGUUGUCAGGAAAAAUGGCGAAACCAUUUUUUCAGGAAACACUGAGGAAGGAGAGCCUAGAGCAACUGGAAACUGAUCCUGGAUUUAUUCGGUUACUGGCCGGAAAGAUCAGAACACGUCUUUUCCGAGCUGGUGAUAUUAUCUUCCGGAGGACUGAGUAUGGAAGUGAGAUGUAUUUCAUUGACAAAGGAGAAGUUCAUGUGUUAUCUAUGGAUGAGGAAACUGUUGUCAUCACUCUAAAGGAGGGAGAGUAUUUUGGAGAAGGUAGCCUAUUGUUUGCUGAACAAAGAACAACAACAAUAAGGGCAGCAUCCAAUUGUCAUCUGUUCAUACUUGAAAAGGAGAGCUUGGAUGAAGCUAUUAGAUACUACCCAACUAUUUUGAGGGACAUUAAGCAAGCUGCUGAAAGAAAACGUGCAGAACAACAACAACGUUUAAACACAGGCAUUUAUGGCUCCAUAGAAAAUACUGAUUCAUCAAUUGUGGAAACAAAUGAAUUACCAAGAGAUACUGGAUAUUUUAAGCUUUACAAUGACUUGAUGGCAGAGGAACACAUAAAGAAACAUCACAGAAGCACAUUCACUAACAACAUGGACUUUAUAGUCACCUUUGUCCAGCGUUUCAUCAAGCACCACAACUUUACUGCGGAUCCUGACAGCCUACUCCGUGUCAUUGUUCAGUACACAUCAUGUGUGUGCAUUGUCAUUGUGUUUUCAAUAGUGGUAGCAAUGCACAGCACUCACACACUUAGCAUCCCUGCCUAUAAUUUGGCCAUUGUUAUUGAAUACCUUCUUCUUAUUGAGAUCAUGUUUAAGUUCCAUCUCUCUUAUUACGAUGACAAUGGAAACUACAUCUCGAACUAUAAAUCUGUAUCUCAGAACUAUUUGUUCCGAAAAGUUGGUUUCUUCUUCGACAUGCUAAGCUGUUUCCCCUUUGCACUGACAGUACUGAAUAUGGCUUAUGGGCGGUCAUCCCACGACUUUGUAGCCAUUUUUACUACAGUCCGUUUGGGACAUACAAUGAGAAUCCUAAAUGUUUUUUAUGUCAUAAGAAAUGAGGAAAGAAACAUCAGUACCAAUUUGCUUCUAAUUAGAAUCAUCAAGUUUUUGGUGCAAUGCCUCUUGCUUAGUUUCAUUAUUAGCAGUUUAUUUGUGCAAAGUGCUCACCAAGGAAGCCCUGGGGAGGAAACCUUUCUUGGCGAUUAUAAAACUAGGGAACCUGAAGCCAAUUGGUUCAUGUUUGGCUUAUACUGGACAGUGGGGACAUACACAGCGACAGGUUAUGGCGAUUUCCAUCCAAAAAGAUUAUUUGAAAUGAUAUUUGCCAUGAUAGUGAUGGUUAUAUCAAAGACUCAUAUAAUCUACCAUAUGGGGGCCUUCACAUCAUCUCAGGCAAACAAGCAAUCACUCCAGAUUGCUUUUGAGGCAAAGUUACAGGGUGUUGAGGAUUACAUGGUUGACUUAAAACUUACAACAGCCAUGGAACAACGGGUGACCCAUUUCUACAACUACAUUUGGACCCGGACAAAAGGAAUAAAAACGGAAGAUUUGUUUGAUGACAUUCCUUUUUCUUUGAAAACCGAUAUUCUUGCAAGAGUAUGUGUUCCUCUACUCAAGCGGCAACAGCUGUUUGCUCAUCUCUCAGAUACCUUUCUGCGACAUCUUUCAACUAAAAUGAAACUAACAAGCUACACUGCUGGGGAGAUGGUAAAGAAAAGAGGAGACGUUGGUGACAGGAUGUGGCUGAUUUUAUACGGAAGAGUAAAAGUCUUCGGUCCUGGAGAGAAGCCUAUGGUCCAUAUUGUGACUACUGGACAGAUCUUGGGUCUCCAUCUUUUGUUUGGACGUCAUCUCUGUGGCCUUACUGCGACUUCUUUAAACUAUGUUGAUGUACUACAUCUGACCAGAAUAGAUUUUGAUAUUGUAUGUUCAUACUACCCUCAUGUUAAGAAAAGACUUUAUAAGAGAAUUACUAAUUUUGCAAGUGUGCCUUUGUAAUGAAGUUUGUAAUGAAGUUCCUUAGAUAUUUUAUGAAUUUUAUGAAUAUGAAGUUCUACCAAAGCUUGUGAAGAUGAGGCUUAGUCAUGACAACCUUUUUGUGAAGUCGUGAAGAUGUUUCUUUUACUGAUGUCAAAUGUCACCAAUCAGUUGACUUCUAUUAAACAGGCAACAUUAAUAAACUGAAUAACAUUGGA